UGGGUCUUCCAGAAAUUCCAGUUUGUUGGAACCCAGGGAGCACUUCGUGUUAGAUCUCACAGCUUUGCAAAUAGGCGGCCAUUGCAAUUUAGACUCCAAGCAGCGCAGCUUGCAAGCGCAAUGGCUGCCAUUGCCCAGUCUGCCAUUGUCGGCGCGAUUUGCGGUCCCGCUGUCGCCUCAGCGGAGGUUUCCAGCAGGACCAGCAUUGUCUCUUUCAAUGGUCUGAAGGCCACCUCUCUCCGUCAGUCUGUGAAGGCCUCCCUCUCGCAACGCGUCUCGUCUAAGCGCGCUGCUCGCGUUGUGUGCGAAGCCACUGGCACCGAAGUCGCGGGCCCUGUGACGGAUGCAACCUUCAAGAGCCUCGUUCUGGAGAGUGAUGUUCCAGUCCUGAUCGACUUCUGGGCCCCAUGGUGCGGCCCUUGCAGAAUGAUUGCUCCCCUCAUCGAUGAGCUCGCGAAGCAGUAUGCAGGAAAGCUCAAAUGCUACAAGCUGAACACCGACGAGAGCCCCAACGUGGCUACAGAGUACGGCAUCCGGAGCAUCCCCACUGUGAUGAUCUUCAAAAAGGGGAAGAAGGUCGACACCGUCAUUGGUGCUGUUCCUAAGUCUACCCUCACCACCACCAUUGACAAGUACUUGUGAGAGCUCAUUUGAGGUCUCGCGUACUUAGAGCUCAUCUUCAUGUGGAUGUUAACCUGCGAAUUUUUUUCGUCAAUUGUAGUAAAUCCAGCCUCGCUCUGUGACCUAGAAGGUUGCAACGAAAACUCGCAGGGUAGAACCCUUUAGUUCUAUCACGCGGUUCAGCUAGCUUGUUACAGAUGUAACCUCCACUUGGUGAACGUGAGGAAUUUUCCAUUCCUAAU